UAUCGAUAGCAGCUCAACCAACUUACGAAAUUCAAUAAAAACGGCUCAAAGGGGGAAUUUCCCAACAAAAUGAAUGGAAAACUGAUGCAGGGUGCCAUCCGCGCCUUGAGGUUGGGCAGCUGCAGCCAGUGGCCUGCGUCCGUCGCCCGGAUCACAGUACGUGCCUACGCCACGCCGCCGAAGAGAUUCUACAAGAAGACUUCUGUGCUGAGCAGCGACGGAGGCUACGAGGUGGUGUUGGACCAUCGGAAGCUAAAGACACCCAAAGGCACGCCAUUCCUGGUGCGGAGCGAGCCACUGGCCAUCGCCGUGGCCACCGAGUUCGACGCCCAGAAAGAGCACAUCGAGCGUUCUCGCAUGCACCUCUCCGCGCUCUGCUUUACGGCCAUUGACAACCCGAACAAUCUCACCAAACUGGACAUGGUCAACUACCUGCUGAACUUCAUACCCACCGACACGGUGCUCUUCCAGUACGAUGACGAGAAAGACUUGCAGGAUCUGCAGCUGAACGAGUGGGACCCGGUGAUAGCGUGGUUUAAUCAGCGCUACGAGACGAAUCUUCAGAAGACCCUCAACAUCACCCCGCCUCAGGUCAGCGAGGAGGACAAGAUGAAGAUCGCCAAGCACUUGCACUCCUACAGCCUGGAUACGCUGCAUGGCUUCAUCUUUGCAGUGGACACCCUCAAGUCCAUUAUCCUGGCCUGCGCCGUCAUUGAGCAGAUGUUGACGGUGGAGAAGGCGGUGGCCUUGGCGCGUUUGGAGGAGGAGUAUCAGCUAAAGUUCUGGGGACGCGUGGAAUGGGCCCACGAUCUCAGUCAGCAGGAGUUGCAGUCCCGUCUGGCGGCAGCCGUGCUCUUCGUACACCUGAACUGUUCCGAAUACUUUGUUAAGCAAAAGUCGAUUCUGUAAAUAAAUAAUUCCAAAUCAGUA